AUUCGGAAUGUGCCACACCCUGUGAAGUAUUCAAAAACCCACAAAACGUCAUAGUAUGUAACCACAGCAUGGUAACCAUGUUAGAACGCAAUUUUCGGAUUAUCCAAAGACGAUUAGCAGAAAACCUGCGCAAAAGUGUUAUUUGAAAUGUUCAUAAAACCAAGGUUGAUAACCUUGUAUAAAACUUUGUGAGGUUAUGUGUUUUGCAUUUACGACAAGGCGUUGUCGGUAUCACGCGUCCUAGUGAAGUCAUGUACACAAAAAUUCAGAAGUGAUAUAAAAGCAGUACGAUGAUCAUACUGCUACUAUUCGUGCCCCUUUUUAUAUUGGCGUUAAUUAAAACUUUACUAACCCCCAAGAAAUUGAAAAACUUGGAUAAAAAACACGUUGUGGUUACAGGAGGUUCAAGUGGAAUAGGCAAACAUGCAGCUAUUUUAGCCGCAAGAAAAGGUGCCAACGUCACUAUUAUAGCUAGAAACAGCGAUCGACUGGCAGCAGCCAAAAAAGAAAUCGAAGCAGCGUGUAUUGGCAAAGACCAAUUGAUAUCAGCGGUAUCUGUAGAUGUAUCCAAUCGCAAAGCUAUCAGCAACGAAUUGGACAGCAUUGAAGACAAAGUGGGGCCAAUUUACAUGUUGAUCAACUGCGCUGGUAUGGCAAUUUGUGGUAACGUUGAAGACUUUACCGAUAAGGAUAUUAAUACUUUAAUUAAUGCUAACUAUUUGGGAUGUCUGUACCCAAUCCAAAACGUAGUACCUAAAUUUAAACAACGUAAAGAAGGAAUAAUUGUACUGACUGGAUCACAAGUGAGUCUAAUGGGCAUGUAUGGUUAUUCGAUUUACUCAAGUUGCAAGUUUGCUCUGAGGGGUCUUGCUGAAUCAAUCCAUAUGGAACUAAAACCAUAUAACGUGUUUGUAACAUUAUCACUACCUCCAGAUACAGAUACUCCUGGUUUUGAAACUGAAAAUAAAACAAAACCACAAGAAACUAUACUGAUUUCACAGGCAGGAGGGUUGUAUCAAGCUGAUACUGUAGCAGAGAAACUCUUACAGGAUGCUUUGGCGGGGAACUUUUUCAGCUAUGUAGGCUUUGAUAGUUAUGUGUUGACCACAUUGUGUGUUGGAAUGUCACCUUUUACAAAUUUAUUAGAGGUGAUGAUACAGUCUGUGAUUUUGGGACCUUUGAGACUUAUGGCUGCCUAUUACACAAACUCGUUUGAAAAAAUUGUCCACAAAUGCUAUUUGGAAAAGGAAAAAAAUAAAUGACUUUAGUGAUAAAAAAAAUUGAAUAAUUGACCAAAAUAGAAUGUUCUUAUUUAAUAGUUUGGUUGUGUUUUUAGAAAUGUAUCUACGUUUAUAAGAGCUGUUAUAUCAGAAAUCUGUAAAUAACAUAUGUUCAUAUAAUUAAUUUAAUGUAAA